CCACUGACGCCACACUCACUCACUGAGCACCCGCAUCCCUGUAUAGUCACUGCAACAGUCUUUUAACUCAACUCAGAAACACCACAUUUUCCUCAUAGAAUCAGUCGCCAUGAACAGCCUGAACCAACAGUUCGAGGAGAAGGUGCGUCCCUGCAUCGACCUCAUCGACUCUCUUCGCUCUCUGGGUGUAGAGAAGGACUUGGCUCUGCCUGCUAUCGCCGUGAUUGGGGACCAAAGCUCAGGGAAGAGCUCUGUGCUGGAGGCGCUGUCAGGGGUGGCUCUGCCCAGAGGAAGCGGCAUCGUGACAAGAUGCCCUCUUGAACUGAAGAUGAAGAGGAAGAACAAUGGAGAGGACUGGUACGGAAAGAUCAGCUAUGCAAACCAUGAAGAAGAACUGGAAGACCCUGCAGAGGUGGAGAAAAAGAUCAGAAAAGCUCAGGAUGAAAUGGCUGGGGUGGGUGUGGGCAUCAGCGAUGACCUGAUCAGUCUGGAGAUUGCGUCUCCUGAUGUUCCCGACCUGACACUCAUCGACCUGCCCGGCAUCGCCAGGGUGGCUGUAAAGGGACAACCAGAGAACAUCGGUGAUCAGAUAAAGAGAUUGAUCCAUAAAUUCAUCUCAAAACAAGAAACCAUCAGUCUGGUGGUUGUUCCGUCCAAUGUGGACAUAGCAACCACAGAGGCUCUGAAGAUGGCACAGGAAGUGGACCAUGAUGGAGAGAGGACUUUGGGAAUCCUGACCAAGCCUGAUCUGGUGGACAAAGGCACAGAGGAGACGGUGGUGGACAUCGUCUAUAAUGAGGUCAUCCACCUGAAGAAAGGCUACAUGAUCGUCAGGUGUCGAGGUCAGAAGGAGAUCACAGAACAAGUCUCUCUUACUGAAGCCAUUGAAAGAGAGAAAGCCUUCUUCAAGGAUCAUGCGUAUUUCCACUCGCUCUACAGCGAUGGCCACGCCACUGUUCCCAAACUGGCUGAGAAACUCACAAUUGAGCUGGUGCAUCACAUCCAGAGGUCUCUACCUCGCUUGGAGGAGCAGAUUGAGGAGAAACUAGCACAGACUCGAGCUGAGCUGGAGAAGUACGGCACCGGACCCCCGUCUGAUGCAGCUGAAAGACUCGUCUUCCUCAUUGAUAAAAUAAAUACAUUCACUCAGGAUGCCAUCAGUCUGACUACAGGAGAAGAAGUCAAGUUUGGAGAACGGCUUAACGUGUUUUCCGUGAUUAGAAAAGAGUUUGAAAAGUGGAACGACCACCUGGACCGUUCAGGGGAAAUGUUUAAUGAAAGAAUUGAGAGAGAGGUGGAGGAACAUGAGGAGAAGUACCGUGGAAGAGAAUUACCAGGCUUCAUUAACUACAAGACAUUUGAGGUCAUUGUCAAAGAGCAAGUCAAACAGCUGGAAGAACCAGCUGUAAAGAAACUGAAGGAUAUAUCAGAUGCUGUUAGGAAAAUGUUCCUGCACCUUGCCCAAUGUAGCUUCACUGGAUUUCCUAACCUCUUGAAAACAGCUAAGGCAAAGAUUGAAGCCAUUAAGCAAGCGAGAGAGCCCACUGCUGAGUCCAUGAUAAGAACUCAGUUCAAGAUGGAGAUGCUCGUUUACUCCCAGGACAGGAUGUACAGCAGCAGCCUGAGUGACAGAAAGAAAGAAAUGAUAGAGGAGGAAGGCAGGGAAAGCCCUCAAUUUUCUGUAAGCUUAGUUUUUCACAGCAAUAAUAACGCAACCCUUCAGGAGCUGAUGUUGCACCUUAAGUCCUAUUACAAGAUCGCCAGCCAGCGUCUGGCGGACCAGAUCCCGCUGGUGAUCCGCUACCAGAUGUUGCAGGAGUCUGCUGUCCAGCUGCAGAGUGAGAUGCUGCAGAUGCUUCAUGACAAGGAGAAUUUGGAGUUCUUCCUGAAGGAGGACAUGGACAUUGGCAGCAAGAGGGCAGCUUUGCAAAGUCGCCAUAAACGCCUCAUGAAGGCCCGCACCUACCUGGUGGAGUUCUGAAUGAUGUCAGGGCCUGAAAGCAUGAAUAAACCCAACAGUACCACAUACUGACAUGGUACAACAGCAUCUGAUCUGACAGUUGUCUUUCCAUAACCCUCAAACACACUGUACACUGUACAGUUUCUAGUAAUUUUAUUGUUCCACCUGUUGGUUAUUAUACACUGCCUGUGUAAGUAUGUGGUCUUUGAACAUUGUAAGACAGAACUGUUCCUAUAGCAUCUUUUGAAUAAAAGAAAUUUGGAUGAUUGCAUAA